GGCCUCUAACAUAAUGGGCCUAAGUAACAAAACUCAGCCCCAUGUACAAAUAUAUGACUAUCUCGUCAUCGCCAAAACCCUAAACCACCGAACUUAGUGGCUUCUUCGUGUUGAGUUUUGGUGACCGUAUUCAGCUAUGGCUCCAGCUAAAGCGGAUUUGACCAAAAAAAAUGAUCCCAAAGCUCAGGCUGUCAAGGUUUCCAAGGCUGUUAAGUCAGGAUCAACCUUUAAGAAGAAGUCAAAUAAGAUAAGGACAAAAGUUACUUUCCAUAGACCUAAGACAUUGAAGAAGGAUAGGAAUCCCAAGUACCCUCGCAUUAGUGCACCUGGAAGGAACAGGCUUGAUCAGUACCAGAUUCUAAAACAUCCUCUUACUACUGAGUCUGCAAUGAAGAAGAUCGAGGACAACAAUACCCUUGUUUUCAUUGUUGAUAUCCAUUCUGACAAGAAGAAGAUAAAAGAUGCGGUGAAGAAAAUGUAUGAUAUCCAGAUAAAGAAAGUCAAUACCUUGAUCAGGCCCGAUGGGACAAAGAAGGCUUAUGUGAGGUUGACACCCGACUAUGAUGCUUUGGAUGUGGCCAACAAGAUUGGAAUCAUCUAAAUUGCUUACCUAGUUUUGAAUUUUUCUGUCAGCCUUAAGAUCUUGCAUAUGAGCUCUUUAGAAAGUUUUGAACUAAAGUUCCUUGGUUUAUUAAUUUUGAAUGUUGAGUUUCGAUAUGUAUUUUGUUUCAUGUAAGUCAGGCAAGCUUAUGGUUUAUUAAUUUUGAAUGCUAUGUUUCAGAUAUGUAUUUUGUUCCAUGUUAGUCAGGCAACAACUACUACUAAGUUUCUAAGUUAAGGGAUCGUUUGGUAUGUGGGAUAAGAACAAUAAUCUUUGGAUAAAUUUGCGAUUAAUUCUGUCUCA